AUGGAUAAGUCGCCUGACGAUUUAAGAAGGACUAAGAAAACCCAGUCCGCGUACUAUCUGCUAUUUUUCAAUGGGGCGUUUGAUGGAUACGAUUUCGAGAUUUGCCAGGAGAACGAGUUUGAGUCCGUCCCUGGCUUAAGUGAGAACAUCGUGAAAUAUAGAAUUGGAGGCAUUUCGGCGGAAGCUCAAAUCGUGUUUCAGUCAGAUGACCUAAUUGAAGUCGAGCAAAAGUUAUUGAAAUUGAAAUUUGCCUAUUACCAGUUACGCCUCGCCAUAAGUAAACAGAUACAAAAGCAACCCAGUGGAGCGGAACGCAAUCAGCUAGAGUCUACUGGUCUUAGCAGAGACGACAAACAGGAAAUUAGCACAGACAAAAGUAUUUCGGAGUCCCAAAGUUGGGGAAAUAUAACACCCCAGACGAAGAUGGAAGACAAGGAAGUUUCCAGGUCUGCGGUUUGGGACAAGAACUCGGAUCAGGAAAAGGAGUCGCAAAGUCGAUCGGCUACUCCGAGUGAGAACACUCCGGAGUCGUUGAGAUGGGGAAAUAACUCCGAUCAGGAUGAAAUCGAUGAAAACUUCAGUUCUGAAUUGCAAGAGGACAGAAAAAAGUUGAUCGUUUUUAAGAAUAUUUAUAAAGAGAUGCUUGAAAAGGACAACGACAAUGAGGUGUCUCAAGAGUUUUGGCGAUUCGUGGAAAAUAUAACGAAAACCCAAAGAAAAAAUACUCGACAUCAGUUGAAAGCUGUCACUAAAAUUGACAGCACGGAUCAUUACGAAGGCGACAAGGUUAUACUGGGCAAAAACGGCACAAAAGUCUCGAAAUCUUUAUUCGCGACAAUUAACUGGAGCAAAUAUACCAGCGCUACGAGAAGGUUGCUCAGCGCGUUCUUCAGUCGCAAAGUAAUGGCGACACAUUCUUUGACUGGGAAACCAAGCCCGGCCUUUCUAGAUACCAAGGAAGCGAAACUACAAUUGGACCCGCUUAUCGUAGGGGACAUCAUUGAGAUUGUCUGCAGGAAAUGCAACGUGAACAAAUCGGAAGUGAGGGGCGCUAUCACCUCAAAAUGUGCGGACGAAAACAAACUUUAUAAAAAAUCAGAACGGCUCAAAUGUAAAAGUUAAAAAAUAGUCGGUUGUUAGGAUAACAACGUAUGUCUGUGAUAAAAAUACAACAUAAAAGGCUCUCGACAAAUAUAUUUUUAAU